GAAAACUGAAAGUUCAAGAGAGGCGUUGGAUGCGCAAAAUCUAAUUCAAGAUGAGCCAGCGCACUAAAUUCAUAAUAAAUACUUCAGUGGAGUACUUCUCGGCCCGUUUGCCGGGUGCAGAGUUAGACGAACAAACGGCCAUGAUUCUGGAGUUUCUGGAACAGGAGGAGCACACGGUCAUCUCGGCAGUGCACAGUAAAUCUGAUGGCAAAAUCCGAUUCCACCACCGCAUACCGAACGAGGAGCUCUGCCUGCUCUUCUACAAGGUGCCGCAGGUGGGGCAGAAUCACAGGCAAGGUGGUGAGCCGCUGCUGGGCAUUUUAACCCUGGAAGGGGGCCUGGUCAAGUCGAUUUACAACUCCGUUUCUCGGGUCUUCUCGCCCUCAGCCAACUCGGCCCAGCGCAGCGAAUAUGGGCCCGAGUUGAGUGGAAUUCUGGAGAACUUGCACCAGAACCUGGGAUCUAGCUUGGGUUUACCACAGAGCGGCAUUACAAGUCUGCGAGAAGAGAUAAAAUAUUGGAAGCAAAAACUGGGCCAAAAGUCCAGUUCCCGUUUGGACCGCGAGGCAGCACAAGUGUUUAUAGGCGUGCUGGAAAAUAUCGAAAAACAAAUCAGCACUAUUGAUGGGGCCAAUCCGAGUGGUACGAUUGAGGAUUUCCUCGACCAUGCCCACAACAAUCUGGACGAAUUGUGGCGCCUGCCCUACAAUUAUCCGCAGCAGAGGAUGACUGAUCUGCUGGACAUCAUUGGCAAGAGGCUGUUGGAGGUCUGUUUGACCCAGUUGCUGGCCGAGGACAUCUGGAGUCUGAACUCGAGCCACGUCAACAAUCUAAUGGGCCAGAGUAUCGACACGGUGGACGCGUGGAUCCAGCUCUGCGACUCACUCACACGCCUCUUUUGGCCAAAUUACGUGAAGCAUCCGUGGCUGGGUGAUCCACACCUGCCCAAAAGGGGGCAACAAUUUAAGGAGAGACUCAGCGAGAUCCGGAGCAUCAAGCAGUUAUAUAAGCAGAUUGCCACCUUGCUCGACGAUGUCGAACUGCAGGAAAUGUUCCAGGAGCAGGCUCCUUUCACGGACUUUAACAUCUUCGACACAUCCUCGCUGGGGCAGGCAAAGUGGCACAAGGCUCUGCAGCACUUUGAGCUGGUCCUGCAGCCGAUUGACGAGCGAAUAGCUGCCGCUCUCAAGGCUCAGUUGCAUAACCACCUGAGCAAUCCGCGGCAGGUGAUCUUCAUCUUCUCCAAGUACGAGACUCUCAUCCAGAGGCCAGCUGUCCUGGAACUGCUGACCAUCGAGAGGGAACAGUUCCUGCAGUCGCUGCACAUCCUCCUGCAGGACUUGCGCAAGGCAAUGGUUGACUCGAACAUGGAACCGGACACGGGUCACUUGUCGGUGAUCUGCAACGAGUGCCGCUGGCUGAAGGUGGUGCAGCACCAGAUCCAGGAGAUCGAGAAGGUCAGCCAUUUGAUAAGUGGACGCGAGGGAUUCGACAAGAUCAACAAGGCGGUGCAGGAAAUCAAGGAGGAAACGGAGUCCUUGCUGCGCACAAACUUUGAAAUUUGGUCAGGGCAGUGUUCGACGGCUGUGAAAAGUGGCGAGCUAAGACUUCGCGACGAUCAGGCGGUUGUGAAGUUCGAAAAGGAGGGUCGCCAGCUGAUGCGCGUGACCUUUAACCCCAAGCUGGUUACCUUCUGCCAGGAUGUGCGGGAAUUCGAGAAUCUUGGCUACAAUGUUCCCCUGGAACUGCGAGCAGCUGCCACCCACGCAGCCAAAUAUAUGUGCUAUGCCCGAAGACUGCAGCAGAUCGCCACUUUUCACAACACAAUUGGGGAUCGGAUGAUUCCCUGCCAGCGCCCCAUUAUGCUGAAGAAUGCCUUGGAGCUGCAGCGUUUGGUCCAGAGCGAAACAGUUGCCUGGCAGGACGAAUCCUCAGUCCAGCGCUACGUCGAUAUCCUGCAGGCAGCCGUCUCCAAACUCUCCACGGAUAAUACAUUGCUGGUGGGAUAUCAUGAGCAGGCCAAGAGAACGGUCAUGAAACUCAUGUCCACCGAUCUGUUUACCCAAAACCAAAUCUGGAAAGAUGAGCUGCGACAUCUGCGUGAACUGGUGGCCACUUUGGAACGACAGGGCUACACCCAUUUGGAUGCCUUCAAGUUGCACUGGGAUCACCAGUUGUACAAAGUGCUGGAAUACCAGUACAUCUUCGGGUUACUCGACAUGAACAACAAGCUGCCGGACAUACAUGUAAAGCUGAUUUUGCGACAGAGAGAACUUGUCUACAGUCCGCCAGAGGAGGAAAUUCGGGACUUGUACUUCAGUCAGCUGAGACGCUUUAUCGAGAGACCCUGUAAUUUCCAUGGUCUGUCGGAGCACAGUCAAGAGCUCUUCAAAUCGAUGGUCACUGUGAAUCGUCAUCACUUUGGACCACUUUACCAAAGGGCAGCCGAGCUGUUUGACAAGCUGGAGGACUUCAAGACCAUUUGGCUGCCCUGGAUCGCUUUGGGUUGUGUGGAUGUGGAGCAACUGUGUGGGAUUCACUUGAAUGAAGCCCCUGAUUGGGAUCGUAACUUUAGAACCUGCAAACACUUCAGUCAGCAGUUGGCGAAACUUCAGCAGGCCGAGGAAUCCAUCGAUUGCAUAGUGAUCAAUGUACUGCCUUUAAGAUCGGAUAUAGAACUCAUUAGCCGACGCUAUUGGGAGGCUCUGGCCAAUAGCUUACGAACGGCUAUCCUCACGGAUGUGAGUUUAAUUCAGGAAUUCCUGCAGAGUGCCCUGCAGUUCCUGCAAAACGUUCCCAUGGACGAGGGCAGCAUCAGUCAGUCGGGCAUGAAGUACGAAAAGAUAAUGACUGAGCUGCCGCGGAUCGAGAAAACGUUGGAGGCGGUGAGGGAAAAGGAUGCCUGUCUGGCAGGCUGGUGCAAGGAAAGAGUGACCGCCCUGUCGGCAAUCCUGCAGCAGUGGGAGCAGCUACAGCCGUUGCUGGAGAACCAUGCAGUGAUCCUGCAGCGACAGGUGGACAUGAUCAAAAACCAGGCGGAGACACAGCUGCAAAAUCUGAAGAACGAGGCAGAGAAAUUCCUACUCAGGUGGGAGUCCACCAUAGCCGAACUGGAGGCCAACGAGCACUCCACUCUGGAGGUUUUCAAGGAGCGCCGCCUUCACUGGCAGCAAUUGCAGGAGAAGAAGAAACAACUGCUGGAGGAGUGCUCCAAAUUUAACAUGGAAUUUCCAUCGGCAAUGCUGAUUCCCUUUACAGAAAUCGAAGAGCAGAUGGAGCAGCAAUCGAAACAGUGGCAGGUGUAUGAUGGUUUCCUCAGCGAUCUCCAGCCAAUUCUGCAGGAGGAGUGGGCCAUUUACCGGCGUCGUCCGUAUGUCUUGAACGAAUUCAUUGGCAAGUGGGAGGGAUCCGUCCAUGCCUCGAUUGAUCUGCCCUCCAAGCGAAUCCGUCAGCAGGUGGAGCGACUUCAAUCGGCUCUGCCAAUCCUGCAACAGCUGCAGUCGGACUCCCUGAGUGAACGCCACUGGGCCAGGAUACUGCAGCUCCUCAAUCACAAGAGCCCCAAGCCACUGCACUCUAUAAUCCUCCAGGACAUCCUGGAGGACUUUGAUGCCCUGCAAUCGGCCGGCCAAGAGAUCGGCAGUAUUGUCAGACAGGCUUCGAGCGAACAGAUUGUGAGACAGGCCCUGGUCGAGCUCGAUCAGUGGUCAGUCACGGCCCAGUUGAAACUGAUCACCAGGACGGAUGCCUCGGGCCAGAGUGUCUCCCUGAUCAAGGACUACCAGGAAGUGCUCAAUAAGAUCGGGGACAAUCAGUCGCUGUUGCAGUCCGCCAAGAACUCGGCCGCCUUCGACAGCUUUUCGGAUCAGGCAGAGCUUUGGGAGAGUCGCCUGAACACGUUGGAUGCCCUUCUUAGCAGCUUAAAUCACUCACAGAGGCGUUGGGUUUACUUGGAGCCUGUCUUCGGAUCCGGAACCCUGCAACAGGAGCAGGCACUGUUCAAGCGCAUCGACAAGGACUUUCGAUUCGUGAUGCGGGAAAUCGAGAUGGAUCCGCGGGUCACUUCGCUGACGAAGAUAAACAACAUCAGCACCAUUGUCAAUGCCCUGGAGACCCAAUUGGCCAGGUGCCAGCAGAACCUGAUGAGCUACAUAACCGACAAGCGCAACUCCUUUCCCCGCUUCUACUUCCUGGGCGACGAUGAUCUGCUCGAGUUGCUGGGACAGGCCAGCAAGGAUGCGGAUGUCAUCCAGCGGCACAUCCGCAAACUUUUCCCGGGCUGCCACAGCCUCAGCAUCCGACAGUCGGCCCCUAAUCUUGCCACAUCCUCCGAUACCAAUCAGUAUAGCAUCGUGGCCAUGCACAGUGCCGAGGGCGAUGAGCUCAGGCUAAGCCAGCCCGUCGAGAUGAAAGGCGACAUCGAGCGCUGGCUGAAUCAACUGGUCACAGUGGUGCAGGAUACACUGCGCGAUCAGAUCUACGAGUGCUACACCAGCACCACCGGCGGCAGUGAUAACCUCAGCGAGAAGAUCCUCAAAAACCAUGCCAGCCAGGUGCUGGCCACAGCCAGAGCCCUGCACUUCACCCGCCAGACGGAGCAGGCCAUCGGCGGCAUGUCCUUGGGGAAACUGCACCAACAGCUGAAGGAUGAGAUCACCCAUUUGGCCGCCCUGAAACACAAAUCCCAAAGUGGAACCCUGAUAAGUCUCAAGCUUAGAGCCCUUCUCCUCGACUUAGUGCACUACUCCGGGGUGGUGGAGCAGCUCCAGAAACACAGCGUGGUCCACACCAGCGACUGGCACUGGCUGUGUCAACUCAGAUAUUACCUGGGAAAAGUGGGCGGCACAUCAUCGAGCACAUCGGGUGGCGUUAAUGCCAAUACCAAUCGACAAGUUUGCGUGCGCAUGGUUUAUGCCGAAUUUGAAUACGCCUACGAGUUCCUGGGCCAGGCCAGCAAGUUGGUCCACACGCGGCUCACCCACCGCUGCUAUCUCAUCCUCACCCAGGCCAUGCACAUGGGCCUGGGCGGUAAUCCCUUUGGCCCGGCUGGCACCGGAAAGACCGAGUGCGUCAAGGCCCUGGGGGCGAUGCUGGGACGCUUGGUGUUGGUUUUCAAUUGCGACGAGAAUGUGGACACCGAGUCCAUGAGCCUCAUCCUCACUGGCCUGGCCCGCUGCGGGGCUUGGGGCUGCUUUGACGAGUUCAACCGGCUGCAGGAGGCCACCCUGUCGUCCAUCUCCAUGCUGAUCCAGCCCAUCCAGAGCGCCCUGAAGGAGCGGGCAAACAGCGUCCAGAUUGGCGAGCGACAGGUUCAACUCAACCAGCACUGUGGCAUUUUUGUCACCUUGAAUCCGGCCGGAGCCGAGUACGGUGGUCGCCAGAAGCUGCCCGGCAACAUCCAGGCUCUAUUCCGGCCCAUUGUGAUGCAGCAGCCGGAGCCUGGUGAAAUCGCCCGGGUUAUGCUCUUCGUGGAGGGCUUUUCCGAGGCCUCGUCCAUUGCAUCCCGCAUCGUGGAGCUAUUCGAUUUGUGCGGCAAAAUGCUAUCUGCCCAGCGGCAUUACGACUGGGGACUGCGGGAGCUGAAGACAGUGCUCCUGAUGUGCGGCGAGGGUUUGAGGGGGCAAUUAACCAGUGAGCCGGAGAACACGCAGGCCAACGAGGAGAUGUCGGUGGUGGUGCGAUGCCUGCGCUCCUCCACCAUGUCCAAGCUGGCCCCUCAUGAUGUCAGUCGAUUCGAGAUGCUGCUGCGGAAUGUUUUCCCGGAGAUUGGCAGUUUGAGGGCGCCAGAAACGCUGCUCCAUCAAUCUCUAUCCGCCGCUUUUGCCCAACUGGGACUCUGUCGCAGCGAGAGGCAAAUUGAAAAGGCUUUGCAACUGCACGAACAGCUCCAAAAGCGGAUGGGAGUGGUGCUGGUGGGACCGCCAGGAUGUGGCAAGUCCACCGUCAUGGCCCUCCUCAAGCAGGCUCUGAGUGGUGGGUGCCAACUGAGAGUGCACACCAUCAGUCCCAAGUCCAUGAGUCGCGUCCAGUUGCUGGGACGGCUGGAUGCCGACACGCGUCAGUGGCAGGACGGAGUACUCACCCACACAGCGGUGGUCGUCAACCAGGAGCCAUCCCAAGUCCACUCGUGGAUCGUCUGCGAUGGCAGCAUAGAUCCCGAAUGGAUAGAGGCACUCAACUCGGUUCUGGACGAUAACAAGCUUUUGACCUUGCCAUCGGGCUGGAGGAUACAAUUCGGCAGCAAUGUCAACUUUAUUUUUGAAACAGACGAUGUGCGGCAUGCCUCACCGGCCACCAUUUCCAGAAUGGGUAUUGUCAACAUGAGCUUUGACUACUUUCCGGCCAAGGAGAUGCUUAAACAUGAGCUAUCGAAGGAACCCUAUGGCGAUCUGUUGGAGAACUAUGUGGAUGGUAAUUUUCAAUAUGCUGUGGAUUGGCUGGAGAGUCAACUUUUGUUAAAUCAUCUACCUGGUAUAAACCGUGCCCACAUCCUACGCUCACUGGUGCUACAACUCCAUGGCUCCCAGUCUCUGGAGGAAUACGGAGCAGCCACCCUUAGGGCAUUCUUUGGUUAUACGCCCAACGAUCGGCAGCGGGAGUUUGCCCAAAUGGUAUUGAAACGCGCCAAUCUCUACAUAGGCAAUCCCAGCUACGCUGAGCUUACCUACUAUGAUAGUCGUAGACAUUCCCUUGAACAAUAUCCAGUGGAUGCAAUGGAGAUACCUGAGAAGGGCUCUCAACUAAUAAUUACAUCCUACAUGAAAUCGUACUUGGACACACUGGAAUUUCUGCUGAAAACUCAGCAGCCCUUUAUGUUGAUAGGUCCCAGUGGCGCGGGAAAAACCCUGUUGCUCCAGAGAGCAGUGCUGGAAAACUCUGGCUACCAGUUGGCCACCAUUAACUGUUCCACUCAACUAACACCCAGUUACAUUUUGCACACUUUGAGGACGCACUGCGUCACAGUGAGCGGCAUCAAGGGACGGGAGUACCGACCAAAACAGGCGAGACUAGUGCUCUUUAUGAAGAACUUGGACCUCUGCCAGCAGGAUUCCUGGGGAGCCUGCGAAGUGGUGGAGCUGCUGCUCCAACUGGCGCAAAGAGGAGGCUUUUACGCCGAGAAUCUGGAAUGGAUUGGCGUUAGCGGGCUGCAAAUAUGCGCCUCCAUUAGCGGAAACACCGGAAAAAUCGCACCGCGCUACUUUGCCAUCAAUCAGUUUGUGCGAGUCUCACGACCCACCAGCCAGGAUAUGCUGGAAAUCGUGCAACGGCGAUUGGAACCGCUUCUGGGCGAGCACUUCAGGGGUUUGGCCCAUCGAGGAGGAUCGGGGGUCAAUUUGCAGCACGUCAGCGAGAGCCUGAUGGAGUGCUUUGAGAAGCUGCAGGCGACUUUCACAGCCACGGGAGGCAGGCAGGCACACUACCAGUUCAGCCCCAAAUGCAUCAUGAAGCUGCUGGACGCCCUCGUCUUUUAUCCAGUUACUGAUUUCAACGAGGCACUCUACUGCGAGCUUUUAGGCAUGUUCCGCGACAGAUUAAUUAGCGAAGAGCAUGUACAGCAAUUCGAGGCGAUAUUCAAGCAAACGAUGCGCAAAUAUUACGGCAAGGAGAAAGUUUUUUUCGUGCCCAAAUCGCCGAAGUCGCGGGCUCAAUUGCAUUGCCUAACUCACGACGAAUGGCUGGAGGAAGUUCAGAGACAGAUGAUCAUUUGCAAUACCGAAAGCUACAGCCUUUCGGCUCCCAUCACAGAAGAACUGCUGAACAACACUGCUAGAAUAGCCAGAGUUCUAUCGCGAACCGAUGCCCACAUGCUUAUUUUGGCGCAAUCUGGUGGAAGACACCUGGAUGCCAUAUACACGGCGGCCACUUUGCAGGAGGCCAAGGUGCUAACUCUGCAAGGAGGAUCCUCCUACGAUCUCUCCGAGUUCUACAACGAUCUUAAAGUGGCCAUGCAGACGGCUGCCCUGGAGCAGCAGAUGAGCUACCUGCUCAUCGAACACUGCUGGCUGACUUAUGUGCCGGAUAUUUUGAAACCCAUCGAAGCCCUGCUCGAAGGAAGCGAAAUCCUAGAGCUUUUUGGCGAUGAUCUUGAGGCGGUGGCCAGUACGCUUAAGCAGGCGGCACAGCUGGAGGGAUACCAGGAAUCUCUGGGAACAUACUUCAUGAAACGUGCCCGUGAAAAUCUGCACAUCAUUCUAGUUCUGGAUCCGAGUAGUUCCAAUGUGCAGGACUACUUCAACAAUUUCCCUGCCCUGCAUCGUCAGAUGGAUUUGCUGUAUGUUAGAACUGAAUCCAGGGAAACCUUAGCCAAUCUGCCAAAACAAUACAUCGAAUUGCUAAACGAUACGGUGGCAGGCGGCGGAAGUGGGCGUGGCAAGGUGCCCGCCUGCAGUCAUUUUGCUGAUAUAUCGGAUGAACUUCCCCCAGAUCAGCCAUCGCAAAGAUAUUACCAACUAAUUCGCAGCUAUUUCCACAUGUACAGCAAUGCAGCCCAUGAAAUCGAUCAGAGAUUGGGCAAACUGCAAAUGGGAGUGGACAAAUUGGCCUCGGCUCACGCCCUAGUCGAUACUCUAAAGUCCAAUGCAGCAGCUCAGGAGCAAGCGUUGGGCGAAAAGCGAGAGCUGGCCAAUGAAGCUCUGGAAAUGAUUUCAUCCACGAUGAGGAAUGCGAACGAACAGAAAUCCAGCAUGCUGGAACUGAAACAACAGACGCAAAAGAGCAGCGAGCAAUUGAAAGUAAGGCAGAAGGAAAUCCAACAGGAAUUGGCUGAAGUGGAUCCAAUUUUGGCGGAGGCCAGCAAUGCAGUGGGUCAAAUCAAGUCGGAAGCUCUGUCCGAAAUCAGAUCUUUGCGUGCUCCUCCAGAGGCUGUGAGGGACAUCUUGGAGGGUGUGCUGCGGCUGAUGGGCAUACGAGACACUUCCUGGAACAGCAUGAAGACGUUUCUGGCCAAGAGGGGUGUGAAAGAGGACAUAAGAUCCUUGGAUCCGGCUCGAAUCAGUCCGGAAAACUGCGAGGCCGUGGAACGAUUACUCCUGGCCAAGGGCGAUUCCUACGAGUCGAAAAACGCGAAACGAGCCUCGGCAGCAGCCGCUCCCUUGGCCGCUUGGGUGCAGGCCAGUGUUCGCUAUUCCCGGGUGAUCCAGAGCAUCAAGCCCCUCGAAAGGGAACAGAACGAAUUGCAGAAGAAUCUCAGUGCGGCGGAGGACGAAAUGCAGGAGUUGGCCAGUGGACUGGACGAUGUGGACAAAAGGGUCAAGCAGCUGUCGGCCAAGUUGCAGACUUACACCCAAGAGGCAGCGGUGCUGGAGCUGAAGCUUCAGGAGGCCAGUGGCACUCUGCAGGCAGCAGAGCUCUUAGUGGGCAAACUUAGUGCGGAGUAUGCCACCUGGAGUGAUCAGUUGGCGGAGCUGAAGAAGGCCCACAAAACACUGGAUGGUAAGACCCUUUUGAUAGCCAUGGCUGUUAAUUACUAUGCGGGAUUGGGCCUGGAACAGAGAAGCUCUUCGCUCAAACGUCUGGCGGAGGACUUUCAUCUGCCCACCAACUUCGAUCUUCGUGGAUCACUGCUCACGGAACAACAGCAGAUUAUCUGGGAGAGUCAGGGUCUAGCACGCGAUGCCCAGAUCAUCGAGAGUGCUGCUCUUCUCAGGGAAAUACUAUCUCUACCCUAUGGAACCUGUCCCAUUCCCCUGCUUUUGGAUCCCACACAAACAGCAGCCGAGUGGUUGAUGGCCCAUCUCAAGGGAAGCGGAAGAGCCUGCGAACUGACUACCCAUGGAAACGAAAGACUAUCCUAUCAGCUGGAGCUGGCUGUUCGUUUUGGAAAGACUCUUCUGGUAACCGACUGCGAGCAACUACGUCCCCCGAUCCUUCAGCUGCUCCAGGGUCACGUUUAUGUGAGAUUCAACAAGCGACAACUAGCCAUUGGCUCAAAAUUGGUGGAUCUCCACGAGAGUUUCCAACUGGUUUUGAUCAGCAAAUCCGAUCGUCUGCAUUUACCCGAAGAGCAAAGGAGUCAACUAAACCUCCUGAGGUUCACGGUCACAGCAGCUGGCCUGGCCGAUCAACUCAUGUCCAAGGCGAUUGUCUUACAAAAUGCGGAGUUGGAGCAGCAGAGGAUAGAGCUGCUACAAAAAGAGGGAGAUCUGCUCAAGCAGCGAAUGGAAAUGCAGGACAAGCUGCUCGAACAGCUCUCCAAAUCGGAGGGAGAUAUCCUACGAAAUGAGCAACUUUUGGCCAGUUUGAAUGAGGUGAAACAAAGCAGCGCUCAAAUAGACGAGGCCCUUAAACAAAGUGGAAAAAUUAGAGAAACUCUACUAGCACAAUUCGGUUCCUUGAGGGAACUUUGUGCCAAGGCCUCGGCCUUUUAUGCUGGUCUCACUCAAGGCUAUGAGUUAUCCGCCUUAGUUUACAUAGAACUGUUUCUGGGGGCACUCUCCAAAAAUCAUCGAGACGAGUCAAAGAUCUACGAGUUUCUGGUGAGAAGUGUUUACAUGAAUUUGGCAAGAGCCACUGCCAGAGAUGGUCAGCUUUCCCUAUCACUGUGGGUGUGUCAUCAGGCAUAUCCCGAUAAAUUGAGCCCCAAGGAGUGGGAGUUGUUCGUGAACAAUUUUAUGGGAUCAUCAGAUGGCAGCAUGCUCUUAGGCCAGCUGGGAAAACUGCCCGAUUGCAUGGGCAAGGAAGCCCAAUUGAAGCUGGCCAUGUUGCUGCAGUCCUUUCCGGAUCUACGAAGCAAACUGCAGUUGGACAAGGACUAUAUCUGGCGAGGAUUCAUCGAGGCUCAAGCGGACGAUGUGCUGCCUGCCUUGGGCUCCAGUUUCCAGCGCAUACUAAUUGCUCAGAUAUUCCGACCCGACUUGAUGCUGCAUCAACUGCGAAAAGUGAGCAGUGAUCUGCUGGGAAUAUCCCCAGAUGCCUCUACACAACCUUCUGUGGAGCAGUUGCUGCAGCAAAGCAGCUGUGAUCGCCCCAUCUUGAUGAUUAGUCAGGCGGAAAAUGAUCCCACCACUGAGCUGAGAAAGUGGGCCAAUCAAAAGUACAGGGAAAUGGCCAUUGGCAAAGGUGCUGAGAAGAGAGUUCUUGCCGAAAUGCGACAGGCUGCCAUAGAUGGCCACUGGUUGUGUGUUAAGAACGUUCACUUGGUGCCGGAAUUUCUGGCCCAAGUGGAAAGGGAACUGAGUAAGAUUCAAAAGUCCAAGGACUUUCGAUUGUGGCUGCUGUGCGAGUCCACCGAAGGAUUUUCCGAGUCCGCAGUCUUUAAGUGCCUUAAAGUGCGCUAUGAACAGCCCAAGGGACUCAAGCAGAUUGUUAUGCGUUUGCUCCAGAACCACGCAGCUGAGCAAGAGCAGAGCUUCAAGAACCAACCGAAGAGUCUCAAGAUGCGACUGGUUUAUUUCAUUCUAACCGCAGUGCUCCAACAAAGACGGCAAUUCAUUCCCCAAGGUUGGUCCAAAUACUACGAAUUCGGCGAGGCGGAUCUCAAGGCGGCUUUGGGUAUUCUUAAAUGGAUGGAUCAGCAGUUAAAUUCCGGAAAAUGUGAUUGGUUGCUAUUGCAACGACUGAGUGAAGCACUAGCUUUUGGUGGAAGAGUUAACAACCUGAGGGACUUGGAGAUACUGAGGACCUAUCUAAAUCAGUUCUGUUCAGCGGAUGUCUUGAGCAAUCGCUGGUCUCCUCUAGGAUUAUCCCUAUCCAUACCCACUAGUGGCCAGCUGCAGGACUAUUAUGCAGCAUUGGAAAAGCUUCCCGAACUGGAUGAGCCCAGUAUGUAUGGUUUGGCCAAUCAGGCCCAACAACAGCGCGAAAUUGAGCAGGCAAAAAGAGUUAUCAAGGAACUGCGGGGUCUUCACUAUGGCAGAGGAUCAACUGGAGACUCAGGAGGAUCGGAAGAUACCAAAGAUCAGCUCACUGAUCGUCAGAAGCUCGAACAGCAAAUUAAACCCCUGCUGAAUUUGUGGAGAAAACUAGCCGGGUCCUGUACGAUAAUGCAAACUGUUAAGGAGGCGAAAUCGGGAGAAUCACCCUGGGCACUGUUUGUGCUGGCCGAAUUGAAAGUGGGUGCCGAUCUCUAUGGCAUUGUGCACCACACUCUGUCGCAGAUGCAUGCCUGGCUCAAGGACUCGCAGGAUGUGGAUGGCAGUACUCUGAGAGCCCUGGCAGAACAGCAGAUUCCUGCCAGUUGGCUGAAACAAUGGAGUGGACCUGGCAGCAGCAGUGCCGUGGAUUUUUUGAGAGCUCUAAUUGUUCGCGCCCAGGCUGCCGAGCUGCGAUUUCGGGAGCAACUGGCUCUGGAGUUUGGCGAUGAAAUCAAUCUGAUCCAAGUGUUCAACUGUGAGAACCUUUUGGCCUGCUUGAAGUUGCUGCAGUCACAAAAGUUGGCCGUUUCCACCGAACGUCUGGAGCUCCAGACUUGUGGGCCACUUAAUUCGAAUGGAGAUUGUAGUGGUGUAACUGUCAAACUAGCGCCUUUAAAGAUUGAUGGCGCAAAGAGUGGAAUGGACAAAUCGAACCCCUUUUACAUCAGCUACAAAAUAAAGGAAGAGGCUAAUACUGCGAGUGCCAUUUCUUCGAAAUAUGGAAAAAAUUCCUUGUAUUUUACGCAGAGAAACGAAUCGAAUCCCAAGUUGCCCCUUUAUUCGCGGAGCAGUCGGGACAAGUUAAUAUGCCAUCUAAGUGUUGAUAACGUGACGGGCACUUCGGAACAGAUUCUUUUAGCUGGCACCGCGCUGAUCGUCGAGGAUUACUAGAAAACAAGCAAUACGAAUUACCAAACAUAUUUAUAUCUAUAAAACUCAUUUAUA